CCUUCAUUUCUGUUUAAAGAUUAUCUAAUGAUUAUACCGCGGUUAAAUGGAAAAUGAGAAGCUCCUCCCGAACGAACGUCACGUAAUCUCGCGAGAGUGAGAGUGAGAGAGAGAGAGAGAGAUAAGAAUUGCGUACAAGGCCGCGAGAAGACGAACCGGUGGCGGAAGUGUAUGUUGACAGAUAACGAGAGCUGCGAGAGAAGGAGGACGACGACGAAGGAUGUAGACGGGAUUUUGCGCGAUAUAGACAUCGUGGAUCGUGGGGCGAGCGGAGCGACGGAGUCGGCGGUGGUGGUGCGCGAGAAACACACGGUCUGCGUGCCGGGCUUUAAAGGGAGAGGGAGAGGGAGAGGGAGAGGGAGAGGAAGAGGAAGAGGAGUGGGAGGGGGAGAGGUAAAUCGACUACGUUCGCCCGGUGGGCGAGCGAGCAGCAGCACAGACGAGAAACUCGUCGGCGGCAGCAGAGCGUCGGUGUUAAAAAGGCGCGGGGACCGUCGAUCGCUCGAGUGUGACCGCGUGUCUGAGCUUAGUUAGUAGCGGGCAGCAGUUUCUCGGGUUUCUCCCAGCUUUUCUUCUCCGUCUCUUUUUAUCACGUUUCGCCUCUCUCUCUCUCUUUCGUACACCUCCACCGCCGGGCGACGGAGAAGAGCAGAAAGAAGAAGACGCCGUCUUGUUGAAGGGGUGAGAAAGAAAACUUGCGAUCAACGCGCGGGACGGUCUUUAUUCGAAUUUAGCGAGCCACGACGGUGCGAAGUGACGCUGUACACGCCUCUCGCGUUAUUCGCUCGAUCGUAGCGUACUUCAUCGCGCGAGUCGCAACCGCGCGGGAAGGAAGAAAGGAAACCGAUCAUCGAGCGUCGAAGGGAAGUAACGACGAUCACGGAAGAACAAGAAGAGCUACCGAGGUUGUUGCCUCCGCGCUUGCCGUUCUCGAGCGCGGAAGGUGGUGCGACGCGUGCCGCACGUUUAUGUGCGCGGUCAGGUGACAGGAGGAGGGACGACGAUAACCGUGUGGUAUUGCCGCUGUCGUUGCUGCUGGAAGAUUACAUAGUCGCCGACGAGCUGCUGCCGGCUGCGUGGUGCUCGAAAACGAGGGGUCGAACGGAAGUUCGCAGGGAAGAGGGAGAACGUCGCGAGAGGGUGAGGAAGAGGACAACGAAAAAUAACAGAUCUUGUCCAAGAUGACGAGCGUAGUAACAAAUCUGGUGCAUAGUUAUAGGGACCUCAUGGACAAUCAGUCUGAUCCCAGGGUAAAUGAUUGGAUAAUGAUGAGCAGCCCCUUCCCGACCGUGGCGAUAUGCCUGUCGUACGCUUACUUUAGCAAAGUUCUGGGACCGAAGCUGAUGGAAAACAGAAAGCCUUUCAAUCUUCGCGGAAUCCUCAUAAUGUAUAACCUCAUACAAACUAUCUUCUCCGCUUGGAUAUUCUACGAGUAUUUGAUGAGCGGUUGGGCGAAAGGCUACAGUAUCCGAUGCCAGCCGGUGGACUAUUCGUCCAGUCCGAUAGCUCUUAGAAUGGCGAGAACCUGUUGGUGGUAUUAUUUUAGCAAAUUCACCGAGUUCUUCGACACGCUAUUCUUUAUUCUGAGGAAAAAGAAUCAACACGUUUCAACGCUUCACGUAAUUCAUCAUGGGAUAAUGCCCUUUUCCGUAUGGAUGGGGGUGAAAUUCGCACCGGGCGGUCAUAGUACUUUCUUCGCCCUCUUAAACACUUUUGUACACAUCGUGAUGUACUUCUAUUACAUGGUAGCCGCAAUGGGACCACAGUUUCAGAAGUACAUUUGGUGGAAAAAGUAUCUUACUAGCAUGCAAAUGGUUCAAUUCGUGAUGAUCAUGUGCCAUCAGUUCCAAUUGCUCUUCACCGAGUGCGAUUAUCCGCGGAGUUUCAUGAUCUGGAUCGGUCUGCACGGUGUUCUAUUCCUCGGAUUGUUCUCGGACUUUUAUAAAACAAAAUAUGUGGGCUCCAUAAGCAAAAGCUCCGCGAAAAGAAUGCACAAUGGUACGUCUGGUGGAGGUUGUAUGCCGGUUCUGGACGAGAACGAUAGCGCGACGCACAACGGCGUGUCUUCGUACGCCACGAUCUACAACAAGGAAUACAACAGCUGUUAUAGCAAUGGCACGAACAAUGGUUAUGUCGCCAAUAAUAACAUCACAGAUAAAAAGCUCGCUUAGGACACGUCGCGGCCUCAUUGGAAGCUCGAACAUUUUAGUCGGUGUGCCAGUCAUCUGCUCGUCUCGUCGUACCAGUUACCAUUUGUCUAUCAUGAAAAAUUAUCUCAACAUGUCUACCAAUCUGCACAUAAAACUGCGGAAUCAAAUUAUGCUCAUGUAUAAAGAGGACGAAGAGACGAUGAGAUUUCCGGACAAAAGAGCAGAUGUGUAUAAAGCGAGAUAUCUCGUUAAAUAUUCUGCGUUGUUAGCAGAGCAGAAGUUGUGUUCACUAACAUAGUGUCAUCGACAAAACGGCUGUUACGACGUCCGUGUUAAAAAAAAGUAGAAAAAAAAUGCGAUCAAACUAAUCACUAAAGAAAGAUGCGCGAUUUUUAUUUUCGAAUAAACUACGUAAAACGUGGAUGAUCUUUAAAUUAUCUUUAUAAUUAUCUGAUUUAUAUUGUUAAUGAUUUUCAUUAUCAUUAUUGUUAGUAUCAUCGCAGAUUGUAAUAUCUGCGAUGACAUUAUCGAAAAUUAUUAACAAUAUAAAUAAGGUAAUUAGCGAAGAAAAGAAAUUACUUUAUGAUUUCCAUAUUUGGGGUUACAAAAUUAUGCCGCAAUUUUUAAAUUACAGAUAGCUUAACUAAACUAAUUAAAGAAAGAUCAGAUUUGCUACAAUGUAAAAAUAAUGCGAGAGCAAGCCGGAUAAAGCACACACAUACGACGAAGAAUGCAGAGCAUUCAUCAUCGAUAAUUAAAUUAGCGAGGGCGUGUUCGCUAUGCGUGCUUUUUUUGCUGGUUGUAUACAUGUCGAAUACAAAUAUGAAUGUUCUUUAGUUGUACGUAAUUUUUUCAAGUCAGAGACACACUGCUGGAACUAAAUCCUUUUGCCUUACUAUUGUCAUUGACUCUAUUUCGUUCCUUCUCUUUCCUCUCUCUCCUUUUUCUCUUCCUAUAUUCACUGAUUGUGUUCAAGACUUUUUAAUAUUCUUGAAAAUUUAUAAAAUUAAAUUAUAUACAGAUCAAUUCAUCUAAAAUAUUGUACGACAGAAUUGGCUAUAUUAUUACGUUGGCAAUCGUUAAUAAUUUGUAAAGUUUUUUUUUUUUCACGAAUUUAUUAAUUUUGAAAAAUUGAUGCCUUUUGUUUUUUUUUUCUGAUAACAAUUCAAGUUUAAUCGAAUAAUUAUAUAUCUUGCCAUGCUUUUCGAAUAUGGUAGAAAACUUAUGAUUUUAUAAAUUUGCUUCAUGUUUGCCUUAGACUUUUUAUUUGAGAUUCCUAACUAUUUGUUUAAAAAAUAUUAUUUAUAUUUAUAUCGUCUUAUGUAACACGAAAUUUUAAUGUAAUAAUUUGUUCAAAAUGAUAAUUUUAUAUGUAUGUGAACAAUUUAUUGAUAAUUGUUUCACAAUAAAACUUUAUGGAAACAUUAUACAUUAUUAGCGACAUGUGCCAACUUUAUCAACUAAAUAUAUAUAACUUUCUGUAUUAUUAAUUCAUUAUGUAGCUUGAUUCUACCAUUGAUGGUGCGAUAGUAUUUGCGAUAUAAGUUGCCGAAAAAAAUGUAUUCAUCGUUUUGAUCGCUUUGGUCUACAAGCUUUAAUAAAGCCGCACUGCGGCUCUAUAUCACUGUGCACAACAGAACACGAACGCUUUAAUCGAUCGAAAAAAGUAUACGAUAUUCAAAUCGCGAAAGUCACGAAGCUCUAUUGUCGUAGAAUCAAGCUUUAAGGGAGCACGCAUUGAGUAAUGAGCUUUUCUUACACGCAAUCUGUAAGUUUCACAGCGGUCGCAGAACGAGUCAUACAAAUGUGUCUCAAAAUGUAUACACAUACACAAAUAAUAAUAUAUUCGAGGGAAAGGGCAAAUGUUUAGAGAUCAUAAUAUUUGCACUAUAAGAUUAAUAUAUUUGUACACUUCCUAUUUUUAUGAAUAUAUUAUUUAUGAUCCAAACACACAUAAUAAAAAUCUUUAAUAAUAAAACGUUUCUCUCGAUUAUAAUAAACUGAACCGGCUAUUUUUACAGGCGGAUAAAAUAGCUCUAUCAAACGAAAGUGAGAUCUAAACGUAGAGUAGUCUUACAUCGUAUCGUUAUAAUGAACUCCUUUAUGUAAAGUAUGCAUACAAUUGAGAUGAGGAUUAGCGAUGAUUAGCGGGACAAACCGAAAAUGAAUAUCGUCGAAAAGCGUUCGUGCAUUUUUCAUUUAUGCAAAUAAUGAGUUCUAUGUUUGUGAAGCAAUCUCAUUCUGUUGCAAUGAUUUUCGAUUAUAGUCGCGCGCGAGAGCACAUUCUCGAAAUAUUUGUUUAAGUUUAAUUUUGUAUGCCUAUUUUUGUCGCACUUCCACAAUGCCAGUGUGUGUGUGCAAGAUUUUGACAUUGUAAUAUCGUAAUGCACUAUUGUAUAAAAGAUAUAUUUUUGCACAUACAUAUAAUGCCUAAUUUUUUAAAUAUUUUUUUAUUUAUAAAACAAAUUAAUGAUUAAAAAUUUAUUAUUUCUUAAUAAAACGAAAAAACGGUAUUUAAUAUAUUAAUUAACUAGUUUCAAGUAUAUCUAUCCAAGUCGCUAUCUGGUCUUUCAUUUCUUUUGAAAAUGAUUGCUUUGAAUAUUUUUUCCAAAAUUGUUAAAGACUACAAUUAGAUUUUAUCUUUUGUUAUCGAAUUCUUAUCUCUCUCAUUUAUAUUACUUGCUAAUUCUUAUGAAAUACUUAAAACUUAUACAAUUGAUUUAUGUAAAAUAGACAUGAAUUAUCAGAAAAUGAUACGUAUAAUGAGGCUUGAUUGUAGACUUGCAUAGUUCACUUGUGUACAUCUGGAUAUAAUUGCAAGAAUAUGAAAUUUUAUUAUUGGACGUAUAUUUUCACAGAUCGUUAUAUGUAUAUUAGGAUUAAUUUUUUAUGCACGAACACAAUAAUUUAGAUUUCCGAUCUAUCGCAAUACAUUCUCGGGAAUUGAUAUUACAGUUGACAUUAAAGAUUUUUCAUCGUACAAAUUUGAUUAUUUAUUAUAUAUAUAUAACGAACAUGUACUUAGCUUUGCUGCCCCGGCUUAGCAAAGCAUAAACAUAAGAGAAAAACUAUUAUAAUGAAGGACAAAUGGCAAAACGCAUACGCAUAAUCUAAAAAACUGCCAUAAUUGAAUGACAGAGUGUGAACAAAAUUUCAUAUGAAUGGGAGAUAGGUGAGAGUUAAAAGCGGAACAUAAAUUAAUAAGAGAAAUAUUCAGUCAGCUCUUGAGUGUUCAAGAAGAUAGAUUUUAUGCGUGGAUAUCUUACACACAAUACUGCGAUAUAUAUAUAAAAAAGUUGAACUAAUUAAUAGUUAGAUCUAUUGUUAUACAUUAUCACAGUCUUGUUUAAUUUGUGAUACUACGGUAUUACGGACACAGCAUAAUAAUGUGCUAGUUAGCUCAUUUAAGAAAAAUAUUUUGGCGAGAUAGCAUCAUGCAACAAAACAGCGUUUUGUUAGCGAGUCGUAAAUUAUGACUUUUUAUGAAUAUCAUGCUCGAUAGCCGUUUUUUAACGUUUUAACCGGUUUUAAAGAAUACUAAAUCAUGCUGCAACUGUCAUGCAUAUGUCAAUGAAAUACUUUAUAUUGAUUGACGAAACAUGGAAUGCGAAUAAUCAAAAGAUCGCAUUAAAUUUUAUUCUUCACCAGGCAACUAAAUGAAUGGAAAAACUUGCUGACGAGACAAGGAGAAGCUUCCGAUCUUUUUGUACUAAUAUGAACGUGAUAUUUUUUCUACGAAGAUAUCGUUGCAAUUGCAUUUUUUAUUUGAUUGUAUUUUAUCAAUUUAAGCAAGCAAGCAAAAAUUCUUUUUUAUGCAUCGAACGCACAAUACUUUUAUAUAUAUUAUUAAGAAACUAUGUCAAUUCUAAUGUCUACGCUUUUGUAAAACAAUUUUAAUUUUUUAUAAAUUUAUGUAAUUUUUUUUUUACAGAAAAAAAAUUGUCUUUAUUGACAAUGAAUUAGCGCAGUAAAGAUUAAUAUAUUGAUUUUUUUUAUAUUUCUAACAUUACUUUAACAUAUUUAUCAUGUUUUUUUACUUAUAUUUCUUUUAUUCAAAAUUCAAAUUAUUCAUUAAAAAAAAUUAAAACUUAAAUUUUUUUUUGUAAAUUAAAGAUUAGCGAAAGAAACGUGCUAAAAAAUAUCGCAAAGAUAUCUUCUGGACAUUUUUGUGUCAUAACAAUAGAUUUUGCGCCAAUUGCAAACAGCCAUAUAAAAUUGCAUGACACAAUGCUAAAUAAUAAAACGAUACUUUACGUGUUCAUAGAAGGAUAAUCUGCGCAUAUUAUUAUUAUUGUGUAAUGUACCGUGUCAUGUGUCACAAUUUCAUAUUCACUGGCACGCAUAUUCACACACGCACUUCAAAGAUUUAAGGAAAGCGCGAAAGGCUGCGAUGCAGUGAAAAAGCGUAUCGCGUCAUGUACCUAACGUUACGAACUCUGUAAUGAUUCUCAUUAUAUUUUUGUACAUAAUUGGGAAGAAUUUUACGAGAGAAUAAAACGAUUCAAUGAAAGUAA